AUGGCAUUCUACACUUUGGCCCCAAACAUUCAUGUCCUUGCCAGAGGAGUGGCCACAAUCCUGUACAAGUCAUUUGGGGUCCCUGGAAAACAACGUCCCCCACCAACCGUGAAAUACACUGAGGCCCUGGAGCUCGUGUUUAGCAUGUUCGAUACUUCCAUGUACACAGGUGGGAUCCCCAGACUGCUCCGCCUGUUCAUUCUAAAAUCCUGGUGAGAAUUCUGCGGGUCCUGGGAUAGACUCUUAAGAUUCAGCCAGAUUCAUGUUGACAACAAAUUGAGGGACAUACAGUGCCAAGUGGACUGAGGACAGAGAGUGAAAGAGGGAUCAUUCACUGACCUCUUUCUUAGUCAGGAGCUGACGCCAGAGGAAAUCUCUGCCAACAUGACUGAGAUGCUGCUGGCCAGCGUGCACACAGAUUUGUUUCAUGAGACGUCCUUCACGUUAUCUUGGGCUGUGUAUCCCCUGGCAAGGCACGCAGAAGUGCAGCAGACUAUGUACUGGGAGAUGGCUAAAAAUUUGGGGGAAAGGCGUGUUCCAACCGCAGCAGAUGUCCCUAAAGUGACACUGGUCAGAGCGCUCCUGAUGGAAAUCCUGAGGCUGUUUUCAGUGCUGCCAGGGAAUGGCCAGGCCACCCAGGAAGACCUGGUUGUUGGUGGGUAUCUGAUUCCCAAGGGGACCCAGCUGGCCCUUUGUCACUAUGCCACAGCCUAUGAAGAUGAGGGCUUCUCCAGGGCCAAGAAAUUCUGGUCAGAGCUCUCGUUGUGGAAAGGAAUCAUGGACCGAGCUGACAAUUUUGGUUCCAUGGCAUUUGGCUAUAGGGUUCUCAGCUGUAUCGCGUGGAGGAUUGCAGAACUAGAGAUCCACCUCAUGAUCCUACUGCUUCAACAUUUUGAGAUCAAACAUCUUCUCGGAUUAAAAAAAUUCAUGAAAAAAACCCAUGGACCUUUGGCUCCUGGGGAGCCCAUCCAUGUGCACUUUGUUAGCAGAAGGUAG